AUGGUCUCCUUCCUAGGACACCUCGGUUUCAGGGAGACCUUCAACUCCACCCUGACCUUCACCAUCAUGCUCAUCGCUGUGUCACAAUUCAACUUUGGCUUUGAUCAGCAAGGCUUCAACACCACCCAGGCCAUGUCUGCGUUUGCCAAGCACUACGGCUGGCUCAACCCAAAGACUAAAGAGUACUAUCUCGAGAGUUGGUGGCUCUCUCUCUUCACCGGCCUUCCCUAUAUUGGUUUCGGAAUAGGCAUCAUCCUCGGCAGCAUGGUCAGCAACCGCUGGGGACGACGAAUGUGCAUGUUCACCAUGAGCGUGUGGUCCCUCAUUGCGACGACAAUCAUCAUGACCGCAAACAACCGUGACCACCUCCUCGCCGGCCGGAUUCUCGCUUACAUCUAUAUUGGAAUGGAGCUUGCUGUUGUGCCCAUCUUCCAGUCCGAAAUCACCCCGGAAAAGGCCCGCGGUUUCAUUGUGGGCACGUACCAGCUCAGUCUUGGUGUCGGUGGACUGGUCGUCAAUGGCAUUGCCCGAGCCACCGGCGAUCUCAACAGUCCGGCGGCUUUCCGAAUUAUCUAUGGCCUGUUCUAUCUUGUUCCAGCCACUGUGGCCUGUGGCAUUUGGUUUGUUCCCGAGUCGCCAAGAUGGCUCGCCAUGAAGGGAUGUCAAGAGGAGGCCCUUGCGUCGCUUACCCGAUUUCGAAAGAAUAAAUUCUCCGAGACCGAGAUCAACGAUGAGAUGGCCAAGAUCAACUACGGCAUCACCCGUGAGGUCGAGAAGGGCACCUUUAUGGAGAUGUUUCAGAACAAGCAGACAACCAAGCGCACUCUUGUUGUUAUCUUUACUAAUUUCUUCCUCCAGACGACAGGCAGCCUCUUCGCCAGUGUCUAUGGUGCUUACUUUACUAAGCAGCUCGCAUUCAUCAACCCGUUCACCAUUACUGUUUCCAACUCUGCCCUUCAGAUUGUCGCCUGUAUACUUGCCAUGCUCAUGGUCGACAAGCUCGGCCGCCGAAACGUCAUCUUCAUCGGUGGAAGCAUCCAAACCGCCGGCCUAUUCGUCAUGGGCGGCCUCGGUCUCGUGACUAACCCAAACGUCGCCAUCAAGUCCGCCAUUGUCGCCAUGAUGGUGGUCAUGACCUUUGGCUUCACCAUCGGCUGGGCACCCGUCUCCCACAUCAUCUCCGCCGAGGUGCCCUCCAUGCGCCUCCGCGACAUCACCUACCGCACGGCCUCGAUUGUCAACAUCGCGACGCAGUUCGCCGUCACCUUCAGCAUGCCCUACCUCCUCAACGCGCCCUACGCGGCCCUGGGGAGCAAGGUCGGUCUCAUCUUUGGCAGCAUGUGCAUCUCGUCGCUUGUGUUCGUCUUCUUCUGCGUUCCCGAGUGCAAGGGACGCAAGCUGGAAGAUAUUGAUUUGUUGUUCGAGUCCAAGGUUCCGCUUAGGCAUUUUGGGAGAGUGAGGAUCGAUGACGCGCUGAGGGAGAGGUAUGUCAAGCCCGUUGAUCAGGGUAAUGAUGAGGAUGUCAGCAAGGCGGGCAUGGCUGUUCAAGUUGAGCACAGCGCCUGA